AUGAGGACCCAAGGACCUCUCGUGACGAUUCCGGAAAUCAAAGGCCAUCUUGCUCUCCUAUGCGCGUUCUCAGACCUCAAGAAACAAGUCCAGGAAGCCGACCUUCACGAUAUUCCCAACGUACCCUCAGAGCCGGAGAAGCGAUGGGCGUGGUUUGUUCAUAUGUCGGCUGAGAGGUUUGACCGCUGGGUAAAAGCCCUGGCAGAGACCGACUGGCUAAAGCCGAUCGAGACCACAUUGCCGCCUUUAGACAUCCUAAUGGUACUCCACUCCUACCUGCUCAACCCAAGGUGGUACGCAGAAGACAUGGCGCGAUUAGACUGCAUAACCUCUUUGCAAGGGAUUGGGGAGAAGUUCGCUAAGAACCUGGUGAGGAUUUCCAUCAAGGGUGUUGGGGAAUGA